GAAUGGCCCAACAGCGCGCCAAAAGAUUUAACGGUAGUGGCUUCGGUUUCAUCUUCGUUUUCUUUUUCACUUUCCGUUUGUCUUCCUGCAGAAUUUGUGGCGAACCGCAUGAUUACUGCAUUUCUUCAUGAAAUAAUAGAUAUGAUUUUCUUAGUGUAUGGAUAUUCGUGUCAGGCUUCGGCCUUGGUUGGAAAGUCGACUCAACGACGGGUGGAUCGAAGGACUAAAGUGGAUCGAUAAAGAAAAGGGAAUAUUCAGGAUCCCCUGGAAGCAUCAUAGUAAACAUACAUGGACGGAAGAUGAUGCUGCUAUAUUUAAGGACUGGGCUGUUGUUACUGGGCGUUAUCGGGAGGGCAUCGAUACACCUGACUGGCCGAUGUGGAAAACUCGGCUUCGUUGUGCACUGAACAAAGCGCCUGAUAUCCAAGAGGUCAAGCAGCGUCACAACUUACACUGUGAAGAACCUUUUAAAGUGUAUCGCUUUGUGAGCAAAACAGAAUCUCUAUGGCGAGCGAAUGCGAUAAGAAAUGCUAGCAUGAUCUUCGAUGGUAUACAGGCAGGAUGUAGAUUCACUUCGUGGAGUGGAUCGGACGCUUCUAGCUCUCCAAUGAAUUCUCGAAUUCCGCUUUCAAGACGACCUACGCUGAUUGUCCAGAAGUUGUCAGGGCUCAAAUCGAAUACCCGUCGGUUUGCUGUGAUCCGAAGAGGUGAUGGUGUUCAACACAUCCAGUCCAAUUAUCGCCCUGCUUAUAUACUACAAGGUCACCAGCUUAACCGUAACAAGAUUUAUUACAAUUCUACUAGCGCUAAUGCCACUCAAAGACUGGGAUGCGAUAACGAGAACAUGAACUUAGAUAGUUAUGCUAACUUGUCCCCAUCAAGUUACACUGAGUAUCAAGCUCCAAACAACACUACAGUCAUAACUGGGGGCAUAUCUCUUCCUAACCGUUUUGUCCCUGGGAUUGGUUCAGCAAAUCAACAUGUUCAGUUGUUACCUGACAUUAUGGAACCGGAAUACCAUCAGUUAGGUGUGCGCAUCCAACAUCUAAGUGUCCGCAUUAGAGACACAAUAGUUACCAAUCCUAAUGGUUGUUGUAUUUACUAUGGGAGAUUUGAUGAGCUCACCUGCUGCUCCUGAUCCUAUUGAAGCACAAAUUCCACACCAAAUCUCAGUAGCCAACAAGGCCUAUGUUGAUCUCUUGUUGGAUAAUAUGGUCAGGGGAAUCAUACUGACAGUUAUCCAUGGUAGUAUUUACGCUGAAAGAAUAUGCAAGUGUGCCGUUUUUGUGUAUAUUCCAACGGUGGGUGGAGAAUAUAUUUUGGCAAAGAAGCUUGGACGUCGGUUAAGGGAGAAAAUAUUCGACUAUGAUCAGUUUUUGUUUCACCUGGACUCAUAUCGUCAAAAUCAACAGUCACGUCCUCAUUUCGAAGUCGUUCUGGCAUUUGGUCAACAACUAAAGCCUGGGAUAUCUACUGAUAGCCUACUAGUGUGGGCUCGUGUUGCUAGCUGUCGUGCUUGGUUCCAGUUACACAAAGUAAGUGCUAUUUGUUCCUAAUAUUCCUGUCCAUUUUAUCACGGAGUGCCAAUCGUGAGGUCUUGAGAUAAAUAAAAUGUGUGUUCCUGUUUCUGGGAUAGAACAUAGUGUCUUUAUAGUUUUGUUGGUUUUAAGUCUUGUUCAUAAAAUCCACUUUCGUUGGUAUACUAAGCUAGUGUCAUCUUUCACAGUGACAUUUCUUAAGGACGCUAACAUGUUUGUCAUUCUAAUUAUGAUAUUUUUUGUAAAAAAGAUGAAGUUUUGGUUUCUGAGCAUUUCGUCACCGGUUUUCUUUCUCUGCAUAUUUUUAUCCUUUCCUAUUGACUAUGAGACUAUGUACCACAAGUUAAAAGUCGAUAUUAUCAACUGGAUAAUAACAAUAAUCUUUCAGUACUCUUCACAUGCUUAACCAUUAUUUUUAAAACAUUCAGAUACUAUUGCCGUAUUGCUAAAUUUAAUAUUGGAAGUUCAAAGUCUGAAAAGCCUUUCAAAGUCAAUGGUGGUUAUGCAGACUCACCAACUCUUCAUCUUCCUGCUAGCAUUUGACUAUUUGGGGUUCUGAUUUUGAUCUUGUUGUCAAGCCUAUCUUAUAGAAAUAGUCCUCUUUUUUCUGUUCACAUUUAUGUAUUCGAAAGGUCAGUUUUACUAUCCCGUAUUUAGUCGGAGUUUCCUUGUACAAUUUAGGGGUUUUAGUAUUUAAAAACUGCAUCCCAAGAAUAUUUGUUGUUUAUUAUAAUCUCCAGAAUCUAUGCACAACUGAGCCCGACCACUGCUGCUACCUUGACGUUGUGGUUGGGCUUGCCUAUCGUGACGAACCAAUAGGGCGACAGUAAGGUGUUUCCCUCAGAUAACCAGCAUAACGACGAUUUUGCCUUCUCACAAAGGGAGGGUGAGGUUGGAAGAGAUCGACCUUAAACUAUACAGCUCGCCUUAUUCCGUGGAUAUUUGUCUCCGGCGGUAAGGUUCCAACAAGUAGGAGCUAACACAGAAAUCACCCGCAAAGGUUCGUGUAUGACUCCAAGCAGUUGCCUCUUGGGCACUGCGGUCACGCUCUCAGGCCAAUAAGAUCUCUAACCUAAUUUUCUUUUCAGGUAGCUCUAGAAAAAUCCUUUCACGAUGUGGGCAAUGGGGCAGUGAUAACCACCCUCAUUCCUCUAACAAUCAAGAUAAACACAGUUGAACCUGUAUCCACAAUAGAGGAGUAGAGUUUUACUUACGUUUUCACUUCAUCUGCUAGGCAAUACAAUGCGCAACAUAUAUGUACACCGUAAGGAGCGGUACUGUUCAUUUCAAGAUGAUAUUUUUUCAGUUUAAUUUACGUCCUCAAUGUUCUUAGGGAUCGGUGAUCGAGGUAUGGUGUUAAAAAUAAGAUUCAAGUCCAUGACUUACUGGAUCAUUUUUACUCAUUAACUCAGGUUUUUAUAUUUGUCUUUUGAGCCACAUUUUAAAUGUAAGAGUUAGUUACAUUACCUGGUUCUCAAAAGCUUAAGUAGCUGGAGCUGGCUUCUGACAACUUAGUCAGUAGAAGUCGAGUACUUUAAUCACUGAGCCAUCGCUUCACGCUAGGUCAACCAACAAGAUUCCAUACCUAAUAUAAAGAAUACAUUUAACUAUGAACUAUUUGAUCACGUGUUGAUACUGACUCAAUGCACUGUUUUAUCGGCUUAAAAUAUUACACUGUCAUAGCGAAGAGAAUGGUUAUUAAGAGUCAUUUGCAAAAAGUGGGUAGGCGUAAAACGGUAGUCUUGAGAGUUAAUUAUUUUCGCUAUUAUCUAAUACUACUGUGUUUGGUUAAACGGUUAAGGUAUUUGAUUCAGAUCAUGCACAACAAAAACGUCGAAGGAUAUCAUUUUAGGAGUGUGGUCGAAUAAAUUUUCAUUUAUCAAAUAACUGUUGAAACUUGAUCACAAACCCUUCGUUAAGCUGAUUUACUCGUUAUAAUCCUGUAGUCGUUAUCCCCACAAAAUUAAUUGCGUUCAGUCGUACUCUUGUGAAAUGUAACUAUCAUAUGGGACCUGUAUACUUGCUUGUCUACCAAUAUUAGUCGCUGAUGCCUUUGUUUUCUUUGAUAUAACAAUCCUUUCUAAGUGAUUAUGGCACCACAAACUUUUAAUCAAUAUGUAUUCCGACUGUGACAUUGUCGUUUGGUUUUGUUGGCGCUGGUGUCGCACUAAGCGUUAGAUCUGAAGCAGUAUUAAUCGAUUGGAUCCUCAGUAACAGUCGAUUGUGUGCUGUUAGAGUAGAAAGCUCCAUCAAAGUAAGAAGAAAUCGGUUUGAAGAACGAUGUCUUUUUGUCAUCUCUACCUACGCUCUGACAGACUGCAUCCCGGAUACAACCAAGGAUGAGUUCUACCACUGAUUAAGUGUUCUGUAGAAAGUGUGUUCGACAGAUAUUGUAGUACUAACCGGGGAGUCGAAUGCACAAACCGGUCGUAUAGGCACAGAGGAGUCGUUUGAGUGGCCAACGGGGACUCGUGGGUCUCAGGUCAAAUAACGGUGACCACCUACUGUAACUUUACGCAGACUAAAACAUGUUUCUGGCUUGUAUGAACCAUCGGCACAGUCAUCGCCGUGUCCCACCUAGCAUCCUCCCUCUGUAUCUCAAGCCUGGAUUCACACUUAUCACAUAGCGGUCAACUAGCUCUAGCGUGGUUGUGUACAAGACUCCCACUCCUCUCGGAGUAUUUAUCUGGACUCUGGUUAUACCAUUGUUUACGUCAAUCUUACAUUUCAGCGUCCAAUAAAUUCGUCGGUUGCAGUUUCUUUUGCAAGUAAAUAUCAAACUGAGGCUAACUAUCAACCGAUUGAAAAGUAUAGAUGGGCGCUGGCUGCAAUUGCAUGACUCCAUGAAAGUGAAUAGUAAAGUCGCUUGCGGCUUCGCGCGACGUCUCACUUAUAAGCUCUGGGUUUCUACAUAUUCGUUACAACUCAUCGAAGCACGUCGGGCUACUCCGGCUAGCCUCUAGUUUGCCCAUGAACAGAGACUUACGUUGUGAAAUUGUGCAAAGGAACUACAAGCCUGGUUGUCGGAGCGUGCUAAUGAAUUGUUAAUGGCAGCUGCAUUUUGUAACUGCCGGAAGCAUUUUCAUCUCAUCUGAGACACUGGCAGCAAGAAGCGAGUGAAGCUGACUGAGUACCAAUCAAUAACAUCUAUCGAUUUCCUGGACGAUGGACACAGUUUUUCGAGGAACGAUUAAAAUGGUCUGCUGCUCCUGCAUCAUUGAUCAUACUGUCCUCCCCCCCUUGGUCGGUGACGACUGAUGCACCUAACGAGGUGAAAUUCCACAAGGAACUCCAACCCCUGAAGCGUCACAUAUCACCAAUCCCAGAUGACUUACUUCCGGCCCUUUUUAGUGAUUAUGAGGACCUUCUAUUUACUAAACAAUUCUUCGCAAAUGCCUGGUAAUCAGGGCGUAUUCUAACAUUUGGGGAUCAGUCACUAGUUUUUAUCUUUGAAGUGGGUUUACGUCACCAAAGCAACAACUAUCGGGGGAUAAAAGUCUACUUCCGAUUGCGUCUAAAUUAUUGGCUUCCGUCGUACUUCGUAGAUUGUUUAAAACCCGAGAAAGUUUAAUUCUAGAGGAGCAGGCUGGUUUUCGUUCUGGUCGAGGAUUAUGUCUUCACCCCUCGCCAUAUGUUAGAACACCGUCAUACUUAUUACAGGUCAAAACUCAUUGUGUUUCUUGACAUUAGGGCCACCCUCAUAUUCGUUGGACAAGACUAUUCUCUGGGAUUGUCUACCAAAGAAGGGUGUACCGGAGAAGUUUAUUAACAUUUUUAAAGCCCUAUAUACAAGCAGCUCAGGCAGUUUGAACCUGUACCCCCAAACGCCCUGGUAUGGCCGAGAGCGGGGUGGGUUCGCCCUUCCUCUCGAAAUACUCUCACACGGCCACGCGUAUACAGCCUCUGCCAGGGAAGUCCUACUCACUGCCUUCUCGUGGCGGGGGUGUUGUUUACGAAAAUGAGAGGACGAAAAGCGAAUGUCCGGCGCUUUAACCGGAUUCCAAACCAAUGGUGCACAUGGGCACCAGUAUCCUGCGGGAACAAAUGGCGUAUGAACCAAUUUUCGGUCACCGGCUACCAUGGGACUGCAUCUCCUUACGAUGCUCCACUGCCUUGUGGAUCAGACCUUCAGGUCGAAGGCUCGGGGUGUGGCCCCCUAAGAGAACCACCUGCUUCGGUCUGGGCACCCGGGCAGUAACGCAACCCACACGCAAUUAAUGAACUGAAAUUGUGUGGCGCAUAUAUGUUUGGCGCACUCCUGUACCAAUAUAUAUGUGUUCAAAUAAAAUAAUAAAUAAAUAUGUACUCAUUCUUGGUAGUAAGCAGAUAGAAGUAGUCCGAAAGUUCGUGUGUCUAGGUAGCUGUGCAAGUGCUAGCGGUGGCGUGAUUGAUGAGAUCAAUUCACGUAUAGUAGAAGUCACAGCAGUUUGUGCCUAUUUGAGCCAUUUGUGGCACCGUGAUGUUAGUUUGGCUGUAACCUUUGAAUUAGUAACAAGAGUCAUGGUUGGAGUUGGGUCCACAUAAAAAACUCGUUGCCUUGAUAUCGGGCUUUGUAGCGGAUUCGGUAAUAAGGAUUAAAGCUUUACAUCGUAACCAACGCAUCUAAGGUUUCUGUAUUGUUGAAUAUGUCAAUUUCUUGUGUUUUACGGUCAUAUAUUUCAAAGGUUCACGCAUUGUAUGCUAUCAUCCCAUGAAAUGUCUUCAUAUUUUAUACAAUUUUAACAGUAUUUAUUUUUCUUUUAAACAGCACAUUUAAGUUAAAUUCCUUUUAUUUUUCCAGGUUCAUACACUCAGACCUGGUUAUGGUGAGUGUAACAGUGUACAUUUAAAUAAUCCAGUAUGUCCUUCCAUCUACUACCAUAUUAGUGAAAACUCAGAGCAGUCAGAGUGUGUCAUAAACCGUUUUUCUGUAAGUCAGAGUCUGAAUGGAUGCAGUAGUUACAAUGAAAAUUCAGCUGUUUUAAAAACGGAUGAUGAUUCUGUCAAUGAACACAUUGUUCCUACGAUUAAUUUUACAGACUCUUUGGAUCCUGAUAGCAUUGUUACUGAGCAGAUAAUUGAGGAAGGAGUUGAAGUCCCUUUGGAUGAUACUGAUGAUUUGGCGUAUAGCACUUCCGGUUCUGUAUUGCAGGAGAAUCUCAUAGUUUGUGUUGCAUCUCAAGAUGUUUGUUCAGUACCUAUUUGUACUUCAAGUUCUUCAGUCACCCAAGACGUGUUCCUGAGUGGUAUUAAUCCAAUCGACAUGAAAUCCCACCCACUACUGAAUCCACAUGAAGAGAUUGCAGACAAAUAUAACUCACGACCUGAAAACUGAUGAAGUUUCCCACCAAACUGUGUAUAGAUUUGACAGUCUCUUGAUUUUAUUAUCAUUAUUAUUAUUAGAACCUGUUAACAGGUAAAUGUGAUAGGCCCGCCAAUAUAUGUUUUUCCAUAUAUGCUUACAUAAAUCCCUUUUGUUAUCUUAUGUUACUGUAAAAUAAAAUUUUUGUCUACUUGUCUUCACUGAAAUCAACAAAAUUUUAUGGGAAAAAACUGAAGCUCGACAGAGUCAUUAUGCAUAUAAAAUGCACUAAACAACUUGGAAAACUUUAUGCAAUCAUAAACCUCUUGGCAUUUAAAGAAUUGUAUCAAUAAACUAAUCCAGACCUGCUUAAUAUAUUAGAUGAUAUUGAAUCAAGUAGAAAGUUGUAACCAUUGUUGCUACUACCUUGACGUGGUGAUCGGGCUUACCUAUCGCGAUGAACCAAUCGAACUAUACUGGCUGGAACAACCGUUCCUUAAGGUCCUACCAUGUCAGGUCGGUUGAAGAGCGGUAAGAC